AUGGGCAGCAAGGAAGAUGCGUGCAAGGGGUGUCCGGCGGCCGGUGGCGUCUCCAGCUUCACCAUCCAGUCCAUCCUGGGAGGGGGCCCCUCGGAGGCACCGCGGGAGCCCGCCGGCUGGCCGGCCAGGAAGCGCAGCCUGUCUGUGUCCUCGGAGGAGGAGGAGCCGGACGACGGCUGGAAGGCGCCCGCCUGCUUUUGCCCAGACCCGCACGGCUCCAAGGAGCCGGGCCCCAAGCACCACCCCCCCGUCCCUUUUCCCUGCCUGGGUACCCCCAAGGGCAGCGGAGGCACGGGGCCGGCGGGCUCGGAGCGCACACCUUUCAUCUCUCCUUCGCACCCGGACUUUAAGGAAGAAAAAGAGAGGCUCUUGCCCGUGGGUUCGCCCUCGCCGGGGCCGGAGCGGCCACGGGACAGCGGCGCCGAGCGGCAGGCGGGCGCGGCCAAGAAGAAGACGCGCACGGUGUUCUCGCGCAGCCAGGUGUACCAGCUCGAGUCCACCUUCGACAUGAAGCGCUACCUGAGCAGCUCGGAGCGCGCCUGCCUUGCCUCCAGCCUGCAGCUCACCGAGACCCAGGUCAAGACUUGGUUCCAGAACCGCCGCAACAAGUGGAAGCGGCAGCUCUCAGCCGAGCUGGAGGCGGCCAACCUGGCGCACGCGUCGGCGCAGACUCUGGUGGGCAUGCCGCUGGUGUUCCGGGACAGCUCGCUGCUGCGGGUGCCAGUGCCGCGCUCCCUCGCCUUCCCCGCGCCGCUCUACUACCCGGGCGGCAACCUCUCGGCCUUACCUCUCUACAACCUCUACAACAAGCUCGACUACUGA